ACAUUUUCUAUUGAAAUUUAAACGAACUGUCAUAAUGGCAUAUCACCUCAAUUCAAAACAAUUGCUUGUAAACUAGUUAUUUUGAUAAGUAUAUUUUUUUAGAGGACCAAGUAUUAAAUGAAUUACUAAUUGUUAAUCGCCGUGGAUUCCAAACUCAGCACAAAAUGAAUAUUAACGAAGGAACUACUAUAGAAGAUCUAUGGACACCUUACAAGGAACUAGUGUCUGUGGUGGAAGGAUACUUGGCACAUGAGAGUGGUGGAGCUCCAUAUGCAGUGCACACAUUUGAAUCCGUCCUGAGAAGGCACAAACAAACAUUUCUAUCACUCUUAAAAUAUCCUCCGAAAAACCCAACAAGCAGAGAGGAGAUCAAAAGAGGUGUGACAGAAGGAGUUAAUUUACCCAGUAUAGGCAGGACUUUGCUGUCCAAGGAGCUUGUUGAUGAAGCUAUUAUAAUAUCAGACAUGUACAAUGUGAACGAGUAUGUGUGCCUGGAGCUGCUGCACACGGCGCAGCGUCAAGCACCACGGCAGCCGGGGCUGGCACGUGGCCUGCUCGCAGUCCUGCUCCAACAUGACGGCCGCCGUGCACUUGUGCAGGCACUCAGACAUCUCGUCAUGGCAAGGGAUGGUGUCUCCUGGUCAAUAAGUGCGCGCGAGGAGAUAGUGAGCUACGUGUCGCGGUACGUGUCACAGCUGAUAGCUGACGGGCUGCUGGGCGGCGUGCUGGACGCGCUGCGCCGCACCUCACUGGACGCCGAGCUCGAGCUGCUGCAGAACAACCGAGCGCUGCCUCCACCUCGACAUCUCGUGCGACUCAUCGGCACAAUAGAGACCACCAGAAAGUUGCUCGCCGGUGUGAUAUUCGCGGCGUCUGCGCAGCGCGGGCUCGACAGAGAUAUAUUGCUCCGGCUGUAUAGAGAACAAAUGACAUCGGCGACGCACGGGCCGACUGGCGCGCUGGACGAGAUCUCGCUUUCUCUGCAGAUGGCGCUGCUCUAUGCACUCGACUUGUCUGUCUUACACAAGCGUGAAGAUGGUGAAGAACUAGCAAAGAAAUUACCGCUGAUACAGGAUCCAGAGCUGAUAUCAGUUCUGUUGGAUGAGUUCUCCCCACCUAUGAACCCAAACCAGACACAGGAGGGCCAAGACAAGGGCUCGGGGCUGCGGGCCCUGUGUCAGCUGGCCCUAGGACUGGCAUUGGCCGCACUAAAGCGAGCCCCACAAACAUUACUUAGGGCUUCUGGUUCGGGAGAUAUAAAGAGUGAAUUGUUGGACCAGGAUGAAAUGUUGGUUGAUGCAGCUAUUGAUGGAAAGGUGUUUGAGUACGUGAGCGAGGCGAUGCUGUCGGCAGAUCUGGUGCGCGGCGAGGAGUACUACCAGCGGCGGCUGCACUCGCUCCUCACAGACUUCAUUGUCCUCAUGCAUUCCAAGCUUAUGGAGAUGAGAGUCAAGGCGGACGAGGCAGCGCGCGCGGUGCAGAUGUACGCGGCGGAGGGUCUCUCAGCGCCGGGCGGUGCGGGGGCGGGGCGCACGCGGCUGCACGCGCUGCUGCGCUGUGUCGAGCGUCUCUACCAACACGACACGCUGCAACUGCGCGAUGACUACUGGCCCUCAGCCCUCAGCCGCAGUGGUGCUGGCGGUGCUGGCGGUGGUGGAGGUGGUGGCGGGCGCGAGGCGACGCUGUACAAGUUCGUGCGGCUGUCGGGCGAGGCGGUGUGCGCGGCGCUGCUGGCCGCCUACCUGCGCGCGCUGGCCGCCCUCGCCGUGCCCAAGCACACCUGGGCCCUGCUGGCGCGCCGCGAUGCACUCUCCGCGCACCACCUCCUCACUGCACUGCAGCUCUAUCACAGGAACUUGCGUGCAGACCCAGCACCAUUCGCGGAGCAUCUGCAUUCAUCGUCUCUGGGCGCCUCCGCCGUGGUGACUCCAGCCGCGCGCCCCGGCAAACUGCUCGUGCGCCAGGAGGAGGUGGAAGCGAUGAUAGCAUCGUUGCAGCUGAUCGCGGCGGUGGCGCGCGUCGACGAGGCGGCCAGCGCGGCCAUCUGUGAGAACCUACAAUGGGAUGCCGUCAACUGCAUGUUCGGAUUGAUGUGCUGCCACGUGCCAAUCCAGCUGAAGGCGGCGCUGUGCCGCACGCUAGCGGCCCUGGGCGGGCGAGCAGGCACUGCGCCGCGCGUCUGGGCCGCGCUCGACGCCGCGCAGCUCGUCUCCACUGCCGACAAGCGCGGCCUCAACGCUGAGCUGCAGGAGGUGGAGUGCCGCAUGGAGGAGUACCCGCUAUCGCGCGCCUUCCUGGAGCUGCUGGAGGCGCUGUGUGCCGCGGGGCCAGCACCGCGUGCACUGGGUGCCGGCAGCCGCGCGCCCGGCCUGCAGCCCUACGUGCACCACGUGUUGCACCGCCUCGCCCUGCCCGCGCCACACCGCCGAUACGCCGUACCCCACGAGGAGUGGCAGGUGAUCGCGCUGUGCUUCCGUCUGUUCGCGCGCUGGCUGGAGGAGUACGAGCCGAGCGCGAGCGACUUCCCGGCGGCGGGUGCGGGAGGCGCGACGGGCGCAGGCGGUGUGGGGGGCGCGGGGGACGCGGAGCCCCCGCCCGGCUUCCCGCUGCUGGUGCAGCUGCACUCGGACUCGGAGCUGCUGCGCCUCGUGCUGGCCACGCUCGACCGCGCCAACGACCUGCUCGACCGCCAGCCCGGACCCGGCAAGGAGUACGUAGAGGACGCGCUGGUGUCCACGCUGCAGAUGCUGGAGCGAGCGCUGGCGUUGGAGCGUGCCUUAACAGACGCGGCUGCCGAAGCGGGCCGCGCGCUUCUCGUCGUAGGACUAUCCAAACUGUUGCUAGCGCCGGAGGGUCCGGAGAAGUGUGACCGGCUGGUGUCGUGCUGCCGCGUGGUGGGGCGGGGCGCGCUGCCGGCGGGCACGCGGCGCGCGGUGUCGCUGCUGCGGCGCGCGCUGCUCUCCCCGCACUCGGCGCGACACCUGCUGGCCUCGCUCGCACACCGACACGCCCUCGCCGCGGACAUCAGGCAUGGUUUCGUUGAGUGUCUGGAGUCGGAGGAGUGGUGCGGUGCCGGGACAGAUGUCGGGGGUGGAAGCGCAGGCGGGGGCGCGGUGGAGGAGCGCGAACAAAGUGCUGCGGAGGAGGCUCGUGCGGCCAAGGAGGGCGUGGUGCUGCUCGUGCUGCAGCUGCUGCCUGCAGCCGCGCCCAACUUUGCGCACUUCCUGCUCGGAUACCAGCUCAAUGAUGACGUGAGCCGCAGCGUGCUGAACGAGGCGGGCGUGGGAGGCACGCCGCGCACCGUGCUGCACGCCGUGCUAGACAUACUGGACCAGCACAUCGCACCCGCCGCGCAUGAACGCGAGGCGACGCCGCUGGUGGAGAGCUGCUACCGGCUGGUGUACUGGCUGUGCGCGCGGCCCGCCACCUCCCCGCCUGCGCUGCGUCUGCUGCGCGCUCGCGACUACUUCCUCGCCAGACACGUCAAGGCCACCGUCAACCUCGAAACGGCGUCAGUGACGACAGUGUCGGCGCGGUCGUGGGUGCUGCGAGCGUGCGCGUGCGAGGCGGGCGCUGCGGGCGGCACGCGACAACACGCCGCACUCGCCGCACUGCUCGGCGCCCUCACACACACGCCACACCAUCCCGACCAGGAGUGGGAGUGGUGUGUGAUCCGGCGCGCGCUGGAGGGGCUGGCGGUGAGCGUUGCCGCGCCCGCCGAGCCGCGCUGGGAGCUCUUCCACGCGCACCAGCUGCGCAGCGCCAUCAACGACUGCGAUCUGCCGACAGGUGUGGGCGGCAAGCGCAUCAGUGUGAGCAGGCUGCACGCGGUGCUGGCGCGCGAGCUGGCCGCGCUGCGCACCACCGCGCCACAGCGCAGCCUCGUCGCCCUCGAGAUACAGAAGGUGCUCGACUACGUGACGGAGGUGAACCGGCAGCGCAACCUGGCCGCCACGCUGACGCAUUACUACGACUCGUGGCGGCAGCUUACAGAGAUCAUCUUCUGCGUGGCGCCGCCCGACGUGCUGGCUCUCGAGUCCCGCAAGAAUCUGCUGCUGAACAUCCUGCAGGAUCUCUUGAACAAGAUCCCGCCCGCGGAGGUGCUGCCGCAGCUCGGUAACCUCGCCUCCGGCACCGUACUGCUCCUGCUGGUCAACCUGCGCCACUGCUACAUCCUGCAGAAGCGCGAGUCCAAUCUCAACUCCUCCGAGUUCGAGGCGAGCUUCUUCGGUCCCUCGAACCAAAUAAUGCAGACCAAGUCUCUGACGCUCAAGUUCAUCCUGCACAAGAUACUCGGCUGGAUCCUGGUGUCGGGUGGCAGCACGCAGAAGAUGCGUGUCAACCUUUACGGUGCGCUGCUUAACUUCCUCAACAUUGUGAACCUGAAGGCGAGCCCCGCGGAGCCCGAGGAGGAGGGCGACGUCACCUACGUCAGCCGACUAGACAAGUCGCGGGGGCGCGCCAACCGCGAGGAUUCCGCGCUCAAGGCCAUGGUUGUGGAUGUGAUCACCGGCUUCGGGGAGAAGCUGUGCGCCAUAGUGUGCGGCGACUGCACCGGCGCCGGGCACGACGUCUGCCGCAUGGCCGCGCUCGCCUGCCUCGACACCCUGCUCGACAUCGACCCCGCCACGGACUGGCUGCACACCCUCACCGACCAGGGUUAUCUGCGCAGCCUCAUAGACAGCCUGCUGCACGACGACGAGGGUCUCAAGGAGGCGCUGGAGCCGAGCCCGAAGUCUCUGCGCGUGCUGUACGUGUACGAGUGCAAGAUGUCGCUGCUGCUGAAGCUGGCGGGGUCGCGGCGCGGCGCGGAGACGGUGGUGGCGCAGGGCGCGCUGGCCUGCCUCGCCGCGCUCUCCGCGCUCGGCUGCCACCCCGACGUGCACGCCGCCAACUCCCGCCCCGACACUGACUUCGUGCCCUCCGUCGCCUCCAGAUUCCGUCAGAUGCUGGUGCCGGCGCUGGCGCUGUGCGACGCGCUGCUGACGUCACUGGGCACAGAGAACCACAGCUGCGUCAUACACGUGACGCACUUCCUCGUCAGCCACGUCGAGUGCAUCGACAUGGUGCUGAGAGCGGCGCACCCGAGCUCGCCGGAGGGUCUGCUGGUGGAGCUGGAGUGGGUUACGUCAGUGGUGGCGCGCGCGUCGGGGCGCGAGGUGUUCGGUCUGGCGCGCGGCGACACGGCGCUGCAGCGCGCCGAGCCCAGCCUGCAGCGCGUGCAGUGGCUCAUGCUGGCGCUGCUGCCGCGCUUCCAGCAGCCGCCGCCCGCCAACCACGCGCACGCGCCCGCCUCCGACCACCCCGACAACAGGCUCUAUCUCAAGAUCGUGUGCAACCUGCUGACGUACGCGCUGAACACGCUGGAGCGCGAGGACGCCCGCGUGACGUCACACAGUGCGUCGAGUGCGGCGUGCGCGGCGGCGCGUGCGCUGCUGCAGCACCUGGCGCGCGCGCACCGCCUGCACACCAAGCUGCUCGCCACUGUCGCGCACCAGCUGCACAACCUGCCCGCCAUGACGCUCGACGACAUGAAGAAGUUGCUGGGCGAGGAGAAGUCUGGUGCUGGUGGUGCUGGAGGUGUGGGGGGUUCGCCGACGGAGGUGCGCGCGGGCGUGGUGUCGGUGCUGCGGGGGAGGGCGCGGGUGCGUCGCGCGGAGCUGCAGUACUGCGGCGCUGCGCUGGCGCAGGCGCUCUACCUGCUGUGGGCGCACGCGCGCAUGCACCUGCAGGCAGCCGCACCACAUGAACUCGGCAUGAGGUCUGCGGGCGCGCUGCUGUGCGCGGAGGGUGAGGAGCUGAGCGCGCUGCGGGCGGACCUGGUGGCGCUCUUCAACGACCGCUUCGUGGAGGACCUGCUCGACACCGUCAAGGGCGAGCCUCCGCUGCAGCGCGGCUUCGUGGAAGUGCUGCUUAAGGACAUCAAACGUAUCAUACAGUUCUCCCUCGUCUGAUGACACCGCACAUGACACAUGACACAUGACACACCCACACUGGCAUUUGAUGAUAACAUUUGUUGAACUUAUGUAACAUGAGGCGCGGUCCGAAGCUGACUGAACAUUGUUAAUAUUAUCUGUUAAAAAGUUUAAAUAAUAUAAUUAUUGUAAUUAUUCCACAUUUUGUAUUGAAAUUGUAU